UGGUUACAUGUCUCCGGAGUAUGCAAUGCACGGACAAUUCUCGACAAAAUCGGAUGUGUUUAGUUUUGGUGUCUUAGUUUUGGAGAUCAUAAGUGGAAAGAAAAAUAGUACAUUUUAUCAAGAAGAAUAUGGAGGUGAAGACCUUAUUAGCCAUGCAUGGAAGCAUUGGAAGAAUGGGACACCAUUGGAGAUAUUGGAUCCUAAUAUUGAUACUGAAUCCUAUUCAAGACAAGAGGUGAUCCAAUGUAUCCACCUUGGUUUGCUAUGUGUACAAGAAGAUGUUGAACAAAGGCCCACAAUUGCAUCUGUUGUGCUAAUGCUUAAUAGCUAUUCUGUGACUCUACCUAUUCCUCAGCAACCUCCAACAUAUUUUUUCCUUAGUAGUAGAGCUGAAAUGAUGAAACAAUUGGGCAUAGAAUCAGAUAAAUCAACUAGCAAUAAAUCUAUUCCAUUGUCUGUCAAUGAAGUAUCCAUUACUGAAAUGUACCCAAGAUAAGCAGCAUGUCUUGUCACGGGUUUGACAAGAGGGGGUUGCUCGGAUGGUAAUAAGCAUCCCUCACUUUCAAUGCGGAGGUUGUGAAUUCGAGUCAGCAAAAGAAAUGAAAGCUCCUAGGGAGGGGUAUCAGGUUCGAGUCAUGAAUUUGCUAGUAGCCCAAUGUGUAUAUUAAGAAAAAAAAAAUACUAGUAUAAAAUGUAUACUUGUCUCUUUAACUAAUGUUCUAUGCAUUGGAGUGAGAAUAAUUUGCCUGAUGUUGUUGUUAAUUGUUGAAUAAGUAACGUACGAUUGUCUGUG